CGGGUGUUUGUGGUGACAGCGGGGCGGCUGUGCGACCGGGGAAGGGCCGGCGGGUUCUGCCGGGGUUCGUGGAGCGUGUCCCGUGCGCCGGCCCCGCCGUGGGACCCGUGCGCCGGCUCCGCGGGCAGCGGCCGCCGCGCUGACCAGCGGCUCCUGCCCGGAGCGGGGAGACGGGAGAAGUGCCCCCCUCAAGCUGCUUACGCUCCAGGAGGAGGGGGGACACCCGGGCGACACCUGUGUCCGUCGGGUGUCGCGGCUGUUUCGGGGAUUCUUGUCAGAGACGCCUCUUUCCGCCCCGCGUCCCCUCACCGCCUCCUGAGGCCGGACUCCUGCUCCUCCGCGCAGGUUUUCCUUCCCUCUUGGAUCCCCCAGCCGCCUCUCUGGGGGCCACGGACUCCGCCCAUCGCCCUCGGGUCAGAAGGCGGCGAGCACCCGGACUCUCUCCUUCGGCUCCCCGCCCUUCUGGUGUUGACCAAAUAAAAUCAAGCCUGUUUAAAGAGAAGCCAGAAACUUGAUCAUGAAGGGGCGCCUGGGGGGCUCAGCGGGCAGGCUCCCGGAGCGGCGCGGCUGAGCACGGCUGGGGAGGAGCACCAUGGCUGGGAGGAGGGCGUGGGGUGCGGGCAGGCAGCGCCGGCUGCUGGGGCUGCUGCUGGCUGUGGCCGCCACCCACCUCCUCACCUGCCCCUACGCCAAAGUGGAAGAGAGCUUCAACCUGCAGGCCACGCACGACCUGCUUUACCACCGGCUGGACGUGGACAAGUACGACCAUCUCGAGUUCCCCGGAGUGGUCCCCAGGACGUUCCUCGGGCCGCUGGCCGUGGCGGUGCUCUCCAGCCCUGUGGUCUACGUGCUGUCCCUGCUGGAAGCGUCUAAGUUUUACUCUCAGCUAGUGGUCAGGGCUGUGCUUGGACUUGGGGUCAUCUUCGGACUCUGGACUUUACAAAAGGAAGUGAGGCGGCAGUUUGGAGCCACGGUGGCCACCAUGUUCUGCUGGGUGACGGCCACACAGUUCCAUCUGAUGUUCUACUGCACACGGACGCUCCCCAACGUGCUGGCCCUGCCUGUGGUCCUGCUGGCCCUCACGGCCUGGCUGCAGCUGAAGUGGGCCCGCUUCAUCCGGCUCUCGGCCUUCGCCAUCCUCGUCUUCAGAGCCGAGCUGAGCCUGCUGCUGGGCCUCGCGCUGCUGCUGCUUCUCGGCACCCGGAGGCUGUCCGUGGCGAAGGCCCUGCGCUGUGCCGUGCCGGCCGGACUCCUCUGCUUGGCAGGACUGACGGUCGCCGUGGACUCCUAUUUUUGGCGCUGUCUCGUGUGGCCGGAGGGAAAGGUGCUCUGGUACAACACGGUCCUGAACAAAAGUUCCAACUGGGGAACCUCCCCGCUGCUGUGGUAUUUCUACUCGGCCCUGCCGCGCGGCCUGGGCUGCAGCCUGCUCUUCGUGCCCCUGGGCGCCGUGGACAGGCGGGCGCUGGCGCUGCUGCUGCCCUCGCUGGGCUUCGUGGCGCUGUACUCACUGCUCCCGCACAAGGAGCUGCGGUUCAUCAUCUACGCCUUCCCGCUGCUCAACGUGGUGGCCGCCAGGGGCUGUGCCUGCCUGCUGAACAGUUACAGGAAGUCCUGGCUGUAUAAGGUGGGGUCCGUCCUUGUGAUAGGACACCUCUUGGUGAAUGCCACGUACUCGGCCGUGGCCCUGUACGUGUCCCACUUCAACUAUCCCGGUGGCGUGGCCAUGUGGAAACUGCAUGAGUUGGUGUCUCCCAGGACAGAUGUCGUUCUGCACAUCGACGUGGCUGCUGCGCAGACAGGUGUGUCCCGGUUUUUGGAGGUCAACAGUGGCUGGAGGUACGACAAGAGAGAGGACGUGCGGCCUGGGUCUGGGCACAUGCUGACCUACACGCACCUCCUCAUGGAGGCCGCCCCUGCGCACCUGGCCCUCUACAGGGACACGCACCGGGUCCUGGCCGGCAUCGCAGGCACCACUGGCGUGAGUCUGAACCUGACCACGCUGCCCCCGCUGGACGUGAACCUGCAGACAAAGCUGGUCCUUCUGGAGCGGCUCCGUGGGCCUUCCUGAGCAGGGGCCGCGUUCUUCUGAGGACAUCGGAGCUCCGUCAGCGUCCCUGCAGAGGAGAUCAUACAAGAAACAACAGAACCAUGG